UUUGCAUUAAUUGCCUUUAGCACCACUGUAUAUUAUAUUUUGUCACACAGGUCUCUUUCAUCUAUCAAUUGCGCUUUUUCCUCUGAAGAAAAGAAUGUAGUGAGACUUCAGAAAAACAGCAGUUUGUAAAUGGCUUAUUGAUAAAAUUAGCUAAUGGGAUAAUUUCUAGUUGUGGUAGUUGUGGCUCUGUAUUCAGGAUGUCAUUUUGUCUCAAUACAAUGUAAUGUUCCCUUUAAUGUCUGUUACAAGACUGAAAUCAUAUGUGGAGGCACAACUAGCUAAAGUUACAAAAUUAGAUAAAAAAAUACUUAAAAGAACUUAAGGGGAGCUCCAACAAUCCUCAAAGUGAGACCUGCAAAUUGGGUGGCAACCUUUUUAACGCAGGAAAUGUUAGCUAGAGACUAAACGUCACACAUUCAAGAAUCGUUAAAGAUUUUAGCAUCAUAGCAUUUUAUGGUAGCAUUAACCUAAAGAGAUAAUAACUGGAAUAUUUAGUGGCAUCCUGUCAUGAACUGAAGAGAUAGGUUAGCAUUUAACCCUGGGAACAUAAAUGUCUCCCAAAGUCCAUGGCAAUCUAUCCAAUAGUAUGUCAAGAAUAUCUAAAACCAUAUGGCUAAAAAACUGUCAAGAGAAAUGACCAGCAGCACUUGGACUAAAUUACAUUAUGCGCCAGUAUAGCUCAUUAGAUUGGAUACAUGCACAUGCUACUCUGAUCUUCUCUUUUCCAAAGAAUUCCCAUGCAUAAAAUACAAAAAUGUGUUUUAAAUUAGCAUAUUUCUUUCAUUACAGUCUACCCCAUGUGUUGUUUCUAGUGAAAUCCAAGAAAUAGGUUCGUCUUUACCUUAAGGUGCAGCUCACAACAGCAGAACGGCUCCAGGCUGAACGUUUAUUGUUUGCUGCCAUGUAAUUUGGACUAUUUAGCCUUUUAGGUUUUCAGCUGUAGUUGGAUCCUUGAAUUAAUGACACCCACACAGAAUGUUUUAGAUUAAACAUGAUGGUCUAAUUACAGAUCAUAUUUUCAGCUGUUGCAUCCUGUUUUAAUUCAGACUUUCUUUGUGCUGCAUUCAGAGACACACACACACACACAAAACAAAGCUGUCUUGGCAAACACAAAAUAUUAAUGUCUAUUGUAUUAAAUACUAGGAGAUUUGGACAUCGUUUGAUCACAACUGAAUAAUAAAUCCAACAUCAAAGUUUUCAAAGGGACAUAGUUUUCCUGGAAACCUUUUAAUUUCCCCCCACCAAUUACAGUUACUUUGGAUUAUUUUGUGAUGAAGGAUUUCCCCCUGUGAUUAAUGAUGACAGCAGGGUAAUAACAGAAUGAUAGGCAUCACUUCUUAAACAUAGGAUAAUGUAACAUCACUUGGAAAAAAAUUAGUAUUUACUGUUACAUAUUUGGUUUAAGUUUCCGACUAAAAAAUUUUUUUGGCCAAAGAAUGUUGUGUUGUGACUAAAAAUCUGCCAAGUCCUUUGUGCAAAAGAGUCCCAUCUGUGUAUCCUCAGGUUCCCUCUCCACUAAAAUGGGAUGUAAUUGUUUGGUUAUUAAGGUCUUUUACUUGCUGAACAACUUCCAUUUUCAAAUCAGCACAUUGUCUUUUACUUCCUCAGAGGGGCAAGGGAAACAGAUUUGGAGGAAAAAACUGUAGUUCUUGAAACUCUGUCUUCAAUUUCCCUGCUCCAAUGGAGGACAUAAAUGGCAAGGCCCCUUCUGUGACAAUCUGCAGGAUGAUAAUGGUGUUCCUCUGUCUUCAGGCGCCAGUACGAAAACAUAUGUUAACUUUCCCCACAGUUUGAACACUGUAAUUGACAAAAGUAGUGAGUACGUGAAGCAGGCAUGAAGAAAGAAAGACAUUUGUUUUUAAGUGGAUGACUGUGGACAAAUAACAGGUUAUGUCAUACUUUGUACAUGUUGAAACAUACAGGGUGCAAUUGUCACACUUUAAACUUUAACAAAGCUGCAUUGUUUUAUUUAAGAAGAAACACUACCACUAUUACAGUGUCUCGUUUGGUUCGUUACAUUUCUUUACUGUAACCCCCCACCCUCUCUAUAGCCUUCACUCCACAACAGUAAACCUCAAGCCAGACCUUUGAGUGUCUGUGCUAAUGAUAAGGCAUGACACAGUAAGGGAAAACAAGGUUGUUAAAAAGCAGAUGUCUUUACCAGUUCACAGAUGGGAUUGAUAUUGACAUGGCUGGAGGUGAUAUGUUAUAGGUUCUACAUGCAAGUGAAAAAAUGCACGUGUUCUAAUGAGACAGGGUGGCUAGGACUGCAGCUGCGUAGAGAGGGGGGAUAUUUACUCUAUACCAACAACAUAUUCCACUCAGUCUGAGAAAGACACAAGCGACGUGAGCAAGGGAGGAGGCGUCGUCUCUGAUCAACCAACUGGUAGGUAUACUGUCCCUACUGUACAUUUAAAAAGUGGAGCAGAAAUAAUUAGAUCUGUCUUAAAUUACUGAAGCAGCAUAACUGUUAGUUGCACAACAAUUCAUGUUCUCAGUGUAUUACAAAAUUGGGAUUGGGCUAUUAGGUAAUACCCUACAUUUGACUUAUCAACUUUAAAUUACAUCUUUUUCUUUCUGGGUUUUCCAUCAGUGAUCAUGCGGACAGUGGUGCUCCUCCUCAUAAUGGGACUGGUGGAUUUGAGCAUCGGCCAGCAUUACAGCCAGUGGCAGUGGUUGUCCCAUCUGCGAGGGCGACGGCGACAUGCCGGCUGGCGGGCCGAGGAUGAGGACUGCCCCCUGGAGUGCGACUGCCCUUCAGCCUACCCCACAGCUAUGUACUGUCACAGCCGCAACCUUCAGCAUGUUCCCUACGUCCCAUCACACAUAAAAUAUGUCUACCUGCAGCGUAACCAGAUCACAGGCAUCCAGGAUGGAGUGUUUGACAACGCUACUAACUUGGUCUGGGUUGUACUCUUUCACAACCAGCUCAACUCAGACAAGAUCGGCAAGAACGUAUUCAGCAAGAUCAAGCACCUGGACCGGCUCCUCUUGGAUCACAAUGAGCUUACACGUGUGCCUCCCAACUUGCCCAAGGCUAUCACGGACCUGCGACUCGGGCAUAAUAAGAUCUCAACAAUCCCCUCCAGCUCUUUCGAGGGGAUGGCCAACCUCACAACCCUUCAUCUCCAAGCAAAUGUUAUAGAGGACGUUGGAGGUGUGUUCAAGGGACUGAAGUCUCUGACCAUGCUGGACAUGAGGAAAAACAGGCUGAGGAAAAUCCCUGACAACCUCCCUGAGCAGCUGCAGCAGCUCUACUUGGAGUUUAAUAACGUAGAGAGUGUGCCGGCGGGCUUUCUCACUAUGUAUCCCAAACUUCAGUUUGUCCGGUUGGGUCAUAACAAGCUGAUAGAUAAAGGUCUUCCCUCCAAUGUCUUCAAUAUCAGCACGCUGGUUGAACUUGACCUUUCUUUCAAUAAACUGGAGAAAAUCCCUGUUGUCAGUAGGAACCUGGAGAACCUUUAUUUACAAGCCAAUAAGAUCAAAGAGUUCUCCCUGAGCAGUUUCUGCACUACAAUCGACAUGACAAACUUCUCCAAGCUGAGAAUGCUGCGUUUGGAUGCCAAUGAGAUCAGUGCCAAAGACAUUCCUGCUGAAGCUGCCUACUGUUUGCGGCAUGUUGCCUUUAUUGAUGUGUAGUGCUUCCUGAUGUCUCUUCCUGAUUUUUCUCAACUCAUUCAGGGUAUAGCUACACACUCCCAACCUUUGUUUCCUGUCACUAUAUUUACAUUUUAUUCUUCACAGUCCACUCUAUCAAAACGUUUUCGGGAUAUUGAAUUGUUAAACUGUUAUUAAAGCUGUGAUUAUUAUUCCAAAUGAUUAAACAGUUCCAGUAUUAGUCAACAGGAAAUUCCACAGUUGUAUAAUCACAUAUCCAGAUGACAGGCAUAUGGAUCACAGAGAGCAAUAAGAAAAGUCCAGAUGACUGACAUCCUUUCAACAAACUAAUUCAAUUAUCAGUUCCAGUAUUCUGGCAAAAAUAAUAAUCUUAAGUAUAAGUAGGUUGUAGCUGAGGACAGCAAGUUCUGCUUGUGUCAUGUCUGGCAAAGUAUAACCUGUAUAAAACUGCCAAUCAUCAGCGUGAGACUUGGAUCUUUGCCUCCACCAUGUGGCACAAGGUGAUAAAACAGCAAGUUUAGCUGGAAUGAGACUUAUUAUUAUUAUUUGGCAAAGUGCACUUUAACAUAUCAGUGAUAGGCAUUCAAUAAUGAAAUCGCCCAUUUGAUUGUACUGGCUGUUACAUACAUACAAAAUACGUUUACUUAAAGACUAUUAGACUAAUUAUAAUUUUUCUAUCAACAUUUAAAGUUGUGUUAUCAAGUGUUUUUGAUUAUAUCGAAUGAAAAGCAUGUAUUCCUCCUCAAAUGAGCCUCUGAAUUAUCCAAAGAUAAUCAUAUAUUAGUUUCAUUACUGUAUCUUUUUUUAGUCAGUAGCAGUGUUUUAAAAAGUGUUUAAAGCUGCAGUAGGUAACUUUAAAAAAAAAUCAUAUUUACUGAAACUUUUAUUAUAUCCCGAUAGUAGUACAUUAAACAGAUAAUCUGUGGAAGUAAUCAGGUUCCUCAGUGCUCCUAAUGGCAUUUGCAAAAAUCUAGCAUGGCUGGACAAAAAGACCCAAAGCAUCUAUAUUUGAUGACCUGGGAAUGAAACUCAACAAUCAACUAUCUUUCUCGGCUUUGAUUGGUGUCUUUGUCCAGGGCGGUGGAUUCUAAUAUAGGCUGUGUUUUACUGCUGUCACCAUCCACAAUCAGUUACUUGCAAGCCGUUUUUCCGGCAAAUUUCAGUUCAGUCAGCCAA